AUGGAUUUAAUCCACUUGAGACUCUCCACGCUAUUUUCCUUGCUCCCUAGUCACCAAAAUGGGCGAAAAAUUCGCCAUUUUGUUCAAGGAUUGUUCACAAUCUUGUGCUUGUUGCUCAUUUGUGCUUAUAAUUUAUACGCAAGAGAGAAAACUUACUACAAAUAUAUUACAAAUUUGAGGAAAAUGGUCGAUAUUCUCAUACAGGUUUUCACGACUUUGAGUAACGUUAAUUCGGUGGUUGGGACGUUUUUGAGGGGCGAGAUUUGGUGUGUUUUACUCGCGAAAAAAGAGACACACAAUAAGAGAAAUACGAUUUUCUACAUUUUGACGUUCCUCUACUUGUUUUAUGGUUACUGUGAUUGUAGUUUUUACCAAAAGAUAAAUCCCUUGAUUGUUGUUUUUCUGAUUCCGGAGUUUGUGAAUAAUUUUCUCAUUUUGUUGUCCAUUUUGAACAUCAAUUAUUUCGCAAAUGAGUUGAAAAUUAUGUUGGGGGUCUUCCGACAAGGAUUACAAAACGAAAAAUUGAAACUAGAAAUUGUUGGGAAGAAUGAAACAAAUCCUUACAUAGUUUCACGAAUUUUUGGGUUACAGUCACAAAGUGAUUAUCAUUUCAAGUAUUUUACCCAAAUUUGUGUAAAAAUGGACGCGUUUAACAAAAUCUACGGUUGGCAAAUUUUGAUUUUUGCCGCCACUUUGCUCACUUUCAUGUACGACAGUUUGAAUCAAAUUUUUCGGGGAAUUACCCGAAACACCGACAUUGUUUUGAUCAAAUUAUUCAAAUGUGCCAAUUUUCUGAUUUAUGGCAUCCUCCUGAUUCGACCCUGUGUCAAAUUCAACUGCGAAAUGGAUGAAAUUGUCACAAUUUCGCGAAAAAUUUUGAUCGACUUGCCACAAACGCAAAAUAUCGGCUUUUGUCACCACUUUAAAACCAAACUAAUCUUCGUUCUGAGACAAAUCGAGACCAAAAAACCCUACUUUACAGCCGGUGGCUUCUUUCAAGUCGAUUACGUCAUGAUAAUCCACAUUUUGAACGGACUUACGUCAUAUUUGCUGGUCACCCAACAGGCCAGUGUCUGA